UCUCAAAGUGGAGCCCUUAUGGGCACCAGUAAAGUGCCGCCCGAUAUGUCUGAGCAACAAUUGGAAACAGUGGCCAAACAUUUCAAGAGUUUCCAACUCAAAGGUUUGCUAGUGAUCGGGGGUUUCCGAGCAUUUCAAUUGGCCAUUAAAUUGAUUGACGUUCGCAACCAUUUUGUUGAACUUAAAAUACCCGUCUGUAUAAUACCGGCCACUAUUGAUAAUAACAUUCCCGGAACCGACUUCUCUUUGGGAACGGACUCCACUCUCAACAAAAUCACUAAUCUAUGCACUGAUAUCGCCGUCUCUUUAAGAGUGGCUUCCGGUGCCGAUUACUGUUACAUAUUUGAGAGUAAUUUCACCAUCGAUUCGGUCAAAGCGGAUGCCAAUAAUAUUAAGACAAAAAUGCUUUCCGACGAUAGAAACCGAUUGAUAANUUCCGACGAUAGAAACCGAUUGAUAAUUGUUGAAGAGAAGAUGUUUUCUGGAUUGAGGAUCCAAUCUAAUGAAGACUUGAAUGGAGACAAUUAUAUCACAAAAGACGAGUCCAUUGUGUCAACCCCGAAAGACACAAAGAGCAGCAAAAUGUUCAACAAAAGUCAGAGCCAAUGGAUGGGUCACCGGUAUCAUCAAGUGGACAGUCAUCGACACAGAUGUUUGGACAGAACCAAAGACAACAAAUGA